AUGGCUUCACAAGCUCGAUACGACACGCAACCCUUGUAUUACAAUGGCCAGCGUCAGACGACCAGCGAGACCUUCCAGACCAUCAAUCCAGCUACAGGCGAAUCCCUAGGAAAUGUCUGCAAAGCCAACCAACAAUCCGUUCACCUCGCCGUACAAUCUGCGAAAGAAGCAUUUCCGAAAUGGUCCACGACGCCACCGAUAGAGCGUUCCCGGAUCCUUCUCAAAGCUGUGGCCCUGCUCCGCGCUCGGAAUGACGAUAUUGCACGAACAGAGACCCACGACACCGGCAAGGCUUACUCGGAGACCAGCGUGGUGGACGUGGUGACUGGUGCCGAUGUUCUCGAGUACUACGCCAAUCUGAUCGCAUCCGGCGGUCUCAACGGCGAGACGACACAGCUACGACCAGACGCAUGGGUCUAUACCACGAAAGCUCCGUUGGGCGUCUGCGCUGGCAUCGGUGCUUGGAAUUACCCUAUCCAAAUCGCUCUGUGGAAAUCGGCACCUUGUCUGGCAGCGGGAAACUGCAUGGUCUACAAACCAUCCGAGUUCACACCUCUACAUGCCUUGACACUAGCGGAGAUCUACGCCGAGGCAGGCGUACCGCCAGGCGUCUUCAAUGUCGUUCAAGGCGCCGGAGAUGUCGGUGCCAUGUUGACCUCUCAUCCCGACGUUGCCAAGGUCUCUUUUACCGGUCAGGUCAGCACCGGCGGCAAGGUCGCCGGUGCCGCUGCUGCUGGUAUGAAAUACGUCACCAUGGAGCUGGGCGGAAAGUCGCCAUGCAUCAUCCUCCCCGAUGCACCGCUCGAGAACGCGGUCGACGGUGCCAUGAUGGCCAACUUCUACUCCACUGGCCAGGUCUGCACUAAUGGCACUCGCGUCUUCGUACCACGCAGCAUGCUCUCCUCCUUCGAAACCCGACUGCUCGAAAAGCUACGUAACAUCAGAUCCGGCGACCUCUUCGACCCAGACACCAACUUCGGCCCGCUAGUCAGCCGCGUCCACCACGAGAAGGUCCUCAAGUACAUCCGACAUGGCAUCACACAAGACCGCGCACGACUCAUCGCCGGCGGUCCCGAACCACCAGUCCUUCCCGCCGGAAUCUCCUCACGGGGCUUCUGGGUGCAACCGACCGUCUUCUCUGACUGCACCGACAACAUGAAAAUCACAACCGACGAAAUUUUCGGGCCCGUCCUCUGCAUCCUGCCCUACGACGACAACAGCGCAGACUGGCAAACAACCCUGCUCCGCCGCGCAAACGCAACGAAACUAGGUCUCGCAGCAGGCGUCUUCACUCGCGAUCUCGACGCCGCGCAUCGCUUCAUCGCGGGCCUCGAGGCGGGCAUCACGUGGAUCAACACUUGGGGCGAGUCGCCGGCGGAGAUGUCGGUGGGCGGAUGGAAGUUGAGUGGACUGGGUGUGGAGAAUGGCCGCAGGGGAUUGGAGAAUUGGGUGCAGAAUAAGAGUACGCUGGUGGAGAUGGGAGGGAGUGUGGCGACGGCUUUCGUGGAGCCGACGACGGCGAAGGGACCGCAGAGUAAAUUGUAA